CCGACCUGAUCAGCUGGAGCGAUGGUGAGUGAGGGAUUUAGCUGAGUAUGAAGCGAUAAUUAGGGAGCCGCGUCUCACCCCGCAGGUAGUGAAGCAUUUUAUUGAGGAAACAAUGCACAAGCUAAAAUCAGCCCAGAAAGAAAAAGUCAAGCAGUUUAUAUCCUUCACUCAAGCGGGUGAGAAGACAGCGAUUUACUGCCUUGCCCAAAAUGACUGGAAACUCGAAUUGGCCUCAGACAACUUCUUCCAGAACCCUGACCUAUAUUACAGAGAACAGCGGCCAUCAGUCGAUAAAAAGAAGUUAGAACAUCUAUAUAACAGAUAUAAAGAUGGUAGUGAGCCAAAUAAAAUCUUGGUGGACGGGGUGAUGCGACUACUGGAUGACCUUGACCUACCACCAGACUCCCGUCUCGUUCUUAUCUUAGCCUGGAAAUUGCGGGCAGCCACACAGUGCGAGUUUACGCGAGAUGAAUUUAUGAAUGGAUUUACAGAGUUAGGAUGUGACAGCAUUGACAAACUGAAAGCCAAACUUCCAACCCUGGAACAUGAACUAAGAGAUACAGCCAAGUUUAAAGAUUUCUAUCAGUUUACUUUUAAUUAUGCACGGAAUCCUGGGCAGAAGGGACUGGAUCUCGACAUGGCUUUAGCGUAUUGGAACAUUGUCCUCCAAGGAAGAUUCCGUUUACUUAAUUUAUGGUGUCAAUUUUUACAGGAGCACCAUAAACGCUCCAUACCUAAGGACACUUGGAACCUCCUCUUGGACUUUGCCUUGAUGAUCAAUGAUGACAUGUCCAACUAUGAUGAAGAGGGUGCGUGGCCAGUGUUGAUUGAUGAUUUUGUUGAGUAUGCCCGGCCGAUCAUCCGAGGCCAGCCUACUCAAGUUUAGGGUCUGGGUAUUAGUGAAGCUAGGACUUAUUACAGCUCAAGAACUAUGUUGCUUUUCUAAGCUCUAAAAAUGUGAGUACAUACAUGAGGAUGGGAUGAUCCUAGUCUUGUGACGAUAGAUUGGAUUUUGUGUUCUAGAAAUGUGGUGUUUAAACCGUUACUGUUAUCAAGAAGCCUAUCGAGAAAGAGGAAUUUUUAAAGAAAUCCACUGGUAUCAAGGAAGUGUUGUUAUAUGCAAGACAAACCUACUAACCACAAGAAAAAUAAUAUGCAAUUAGUUAAGUUUUGGCCACAUAAGCUCGCUUUCCACACGAAGACUCAGAAUGUAAAGGAUGAGUGAUGCUUUAAUGCUUAAGGAGGAAAAACACUCAUUACAUAUACUAUCAAGACACUUCAAGAUAAUCUUUUGAAGAUUUAUUUGAAUGAAAUAGAAAGUGAAAUAGGGUUCAGUGAGUUUGCUUGUCCUUAUGGAUAUUGGUAAGCUGUGACAUAUUGAUCUGUGCUAGAAGACUUUAAUUGUAAUCUUAAGGCAAGAAGGAAGGCAUCACUAUCUUGCUGGAAAGAUGUUUAUUUUUUAAUCAUUUUUAGCAUGGGCACUUUCAAAAGUACCACAUUCUUGUUUUCUUACCACUUGUGUGCAACCUCCUUUUUGGUAACUUUAAUAAUUAAUAUAAAAUUUUAAGGUUCCAACUUAGCUUUUAAGUUUUUUUUUCCUUCAAUAUACAUUGAGAAGGGGCAUUUUUUUUACCUCAAACUAGCAUCUGCAUAUAAUUUAGGAUGUUUAAAUCAGUCAGUUGACAUUAAAUACUGGCACUUUCAGUCAGAUUUUAUGCAGUCUGAUUUUCACUUUCCCUUAUGGUCUAGGGAAGGUAGGUAAAAGUAUUGAAUCCUGUCCAAGAUGCCAUUGCUACCCUCCUGUGGAGCCUGCUAAGUCAUGCUUUGUUACUCUCACAAAGGACUGAGGAAAAUCAGAGGUUAUGACAACACACUAAGUUGACAUGAUGCAUAUUCACAUCAGCGAAAUAAAUUUUUGGUACAAUUAGUAUAAAUGAUGACUUUUAUGGUACUGAAUAAGUGGAAAACUGAGUUUCAAAGUAGUUUGUGAAUUAUAUGGACAUUGAUUUUGUUAUGAAUUUCUUAGGUUACACAUACCACUACAAGCAGGUUAAUUAUCAUUAUAUAGAGAUGGUCUGCCAUGAUAAUUUAUAUUUUAUACAGAAGCACUAAUUUAGUGUACAGUAUUAGAUCAAAUUGUAGUAUUAAAAUUGUAUGACUUCCUUGCUUGAUUAAGUAAGACAAACGCAUUAGGCCAACUAUGCUCUCCUUGUGUCCUUUACAUUACAGUAUCAUUAUAUUUUUGAGCCAUAUGCUUGAAUAAUAUUGUGCAGUUUUGGGAUACAGCACAGUUAAGGAAGUAAAUAUAAGUACACCAACAUGCAAAUACCAAAGUAAAAAAAAAUUACGUCAAUCAGAUUAGAUUUUGAGUCUAUUUACUUUUUGAGAAUACUCAGCCUGGUUAUUUCAUUAUUAUUAUUAUUAUUAUUAUUAUUAUUAUUUCAAAUGCACUUUUAAGUCUGUCCUGUUCAAGAUUAAUCAAGUUUAUGGUAUCAAAACUUCACAUACAAAAAAAGCUUCCAAGAUACAUCUUCAAGACACAACCAGUUAAGUACAAGUGGCAAGAAAAUGAAUGCUAAAGUGCAGGGUCUCCUUGUUGAUGAUGGACUGUUUAUGUUAAAAAACUCAGCAUGGUAAUUUCGUGUCAACGUUUUUGUAGCCACCCACCUACAUAGGUAGUCUAGUCUCUGACUAAAUUAAUUUUCAGGAAUGUCUUUGGUUUGUGCACCGACUCUGUGGAGCAGCUUCUGUUGGGAUGACAAUAUUUUUGUUAUUUUUUUAAAAGCCUAAAAGGAUAUAGAUAAUUCUGAUGUGCAGGAAUAAAGUUAAUUGAGGCUUUCUUAAAGUACAGCAAUCUGGUUUGCCCAUUUCUGGAAUAUCUCAUGGAGUACAUAAUGUCAUCAGUUUGGCUUGAACCUUAGUUUUGUAAUUACUGCAGGUCCUGUAUAUUUGUAAUUGUACUUGACAAAUGUAUGCAAAAUUUCUUUCCUGUAAAUGGAUAAAUGAUUCAGUGAACAGUGACAUGUUGAUGUGUGGCAGUAAUGUGAAGUAACUGCAUUUUUAAAACUUAACUGCUAAAAGCAGAUGAUGAACCUCCAACAUUGAUAGAAAUAAUGCAGGAAGUGAAAUAAUUAAUUGUUCGCCCACUUCAUAUUGAAUUGGGAUAUUAUAUUCUUGCAUUACUUUCAUAGUUUGGUGUUUAGAAUAUGUUGUCAGAAUGUCUCGAUUUCAUUUAGGUAAGAAAAGUCUGUGUUGAAAUAUUUAGUUUGGCUGAACAAUACUUUUAUAACUAGCUACUACUUUCUCCAAAUUUUUAUCCCUUGGCACAUUAACAGUUCUCUUUGAGCCUUAUCAGGUAAAUACUGACUGUUCUGUAAUACUUUCUACACUUGUAAAUAAAAUUUUGAUUACAGA